GGAAAUGACUGGAGCCAAAACAAAGCGUGAGGGGGUGAAAUAUUAAGAAAUAAUAAUAAUUUUAAUAAUGGUGUUUUAACAGUGUGAGCGUGAGAAAACAUGUCAGGUUUGUCCAUUACGCACUCCAUCAGCUGGCGCGGCUCAGAGCUCUCCUCCGAUCUGGAUUGUGGAUUGUGACAAGUGCCAGGACAGAGACCCAAACAAACCAGGACUACAAGCGUGCCCGCCCGCCCGGGGAUUGUCGCUCUUUGAUCGGGAGGUCCCUUUCACUUUUUUUGCCUGACAGCAAAACCUCCCCGGAGCCAAGACGUUGUUCCGCGUAGACCCGGGUUGCCCCAGUCCGAGCAGCGCAGUCCGUGUGGGAAGGUCGGCUCUCGGCGCCCUGCAGGCCGGAGAGAUGAUGGUCCACUGUGCCGGGUGCGAACGGCCCAUCCUGGACCGGUUCCUCCUCAACGUGCUGGACCGAGCCUGGCACGCCAAGUGCGUCCAGUGCUGCGAGUGCAACUGCAACCUCACCGAGAAGUGUUUCUCCAGGGACGGCAAGCUCUAUUGCAAAAUGGACUUUUUCAGGCGCUUUGGCACCAAGUGUGCGGGCUGUCUGCAGGGAAUCUCGCCGAACGACCUGGUCCGCAAAGCCCGCAGCAAGGUGUUCCACCUGAACUGCUUCACCUGCAUGGUGUGCAACAAGCAGCUGUCCACGGGAGAGGAGCUCUACGUCAUAGACGAGAACAAGUUUGUGUGCAAAGAAGAUUACUCGAGCUCCGGAGCCAUCAACGAAGUCAACCUGAACUCAGUGUCCUCGUGUACAGAUAGGAGUUUAUCGCCGGAUCUGCAGGACCCAAUACAGGAAGACAUAAAGGAGACGGACAAUUCCACGUCCUCUGAUAAGGAAACGAACAAUAUUGAGAAUGAGGAGCAGAACUCGGGGACCAAGAGGCGGGGACCCCGGACCACCAUCAAGGCCAAGCAGCUGGAAACGUUAAAGGCCGCGUUUGUCGCCACGCCGAAACCGACCCGGCACAUCCGGGAACAGCUGGCCCAGGAAACGGGACUGAACAUGCGCGUCAUCCAGGUUUGGUUCCAGAACAGAAGAUCCAAAGAGCGACGAAUGAAGCAGCUGAGUGCACUGGGGGCCCGGCGGCACGCCUUCUUCAGGGGCCCCAGGAGGAUGAGGCCCUUGGGGGGCCGGCUGGAGGAUCCGGAUAUUUUAGGACCGGGAGCCUAUGGAUACUACGGAGAAUACCAAGGUGAUUAUUACGGACCAGGGACCAACUACGACUUCUUCCCCCACGGCCCUCCGUCCUCGCAGGCCCAGUCCCCGGCCGAGUCCCUCUACGUCCUGGGCUCGGGCCCCGGGGCCAUGGAGGGUUCGGGGCACCACCCCUCAGACGACCAAAGGUUCACGGACAUGAUCUCCCACGCGGAAACCCCCAGCCCCGAGCCGGGCUUACCCAGCUCCCUGCAGCCCGUCCCGGGGGAGGCUUACGGGGGCGGACCCAGUCCUCCUUUCUCCUUGGCCAGUAACUCCAGUUACAGCGCGCCCAUGUCCCACCAAGGCCAGGAGAUGGGAGAAACCGCCGCCUGGUAAAGAAAGGACUAACCCACAGGACAAUUCCUGGGCUGGAUGUCUAGCCUCGUUAAUUCAGGAGAUGAAUAAAUUAAAAAAAAAGUGGAGUGAAAAAUACAGCUAAAAAUUUUUAUGGAGGACUUUUUAAACUGAUUUUCACGAAUCGAGAAUGGGACAGCCUGCUGGAAAAAGUACCACCCGCUGCCCGGUAGACACUCCAAAGCAUAUCCCAUCCUGGAUUUACUGGACUUGAAUUAUUUAAAAAAAAACAACAACACAUAAUUUUGCGAUUCCAUCCAGCAAAAAUGCUUCUCGCCUUCCCCGUUAACGUUAACGAAGGUUAUCUCCUCAUGCUCUAGGAACAUUUAGAGAGAAAUGCCAAAGGGGACAUGUUUAGUUCUCUUAAUUUCUCACCACUUUUUCCUUUUGUUGCUUCAGAGCAAUGUUUUUUUUUUUAAUUUUUGUUCAUUACUAAGUUGUCACUUGACCCUCAGUAUCAGAAAGACAAAGGACCAUGUUUUAACAUAUGCUUUAAUGUUCAUAUUCAAAGACGCCACAGUCAAAAAAACGUUGCUUUAAACAUUAUUCUCUGUAAGACAAUAUGUCUAAUCAAAGGCUGCUUUUUGAUAGAAACUGCACACACACACACACACACACACACACACACACACAUGCACACACACUCCUGGCAUUGACUUUCUCGAGCAAACAUCUCAGCUUUAAGUCCCUUAAUGCACAAAAAGCGUUCUUGACCAUAGCUCAAAAGAAGGAUGUCUAUACCAUUAUUCAAAACACGGACACAAUUAUACCGACACUUGUGCUCACUCAAGCACACACACACAUUCACACACACA